AGAAGUUGUAUUUUUAGUCAUAUGAGACAUUUACACAUGUAUUAGUGACUUACUGAGUGUACCACGGCAAAGAAAAUUGAAAAUGAUUGUCUUUCUCUUCUUUUUCUCAUCAAAUAUACGUGUAACAUCCUGCAGCGAAUCAUCAAAACUGGUGGUUGGACAGGUUGGGGAUACAGUUAAUCUUCCAUGCAAAUAUGACAUCAACAAUAAUGGCCUAUUGAAUGUUUGUUGGGGGAGACAUCAGUCAUGGCUCAGCUGUGAGAACACUGUUAUCUCCUCCUAUGGCUUGCAAGUGACAUACAGAGAGUCAAACAGAUUCAGCUUGGCCAGUGGACUGGAGCAAGGGGAUGUUUCACUUACCAUAAAGGCUGCUCAAAAGAGGGAUGCUGGGAUAGCUACUUCUGUUGCUGAUGUCAAAGAUGCUACCAACAACUACAUGUAUGAAGCAGUUGCAGUUGUCCAUACUGAGGAUACAAUGGCAACAUUUGUCAUAAAUACUGUAAGAGGGGGGGCCAUUGUCUUCAUCCCGGGUUUAAUCAUCACACUUCUGUUCAGUAAGUAGAGUAGCAAGUAAAUAAUUUGAAUGGUUUAGCUCUGGAGAAAUAUUAAACGGAUACUCCACCCCAAAAUGAAAAUUUUGUCAUUAAUCACUUACCCCCAUGUUGUUCCAAAUCC